AUGGACAGAGCCGCAUCCUUUAUUUGCAUUCUUCUAGCGUGGAGCUCACUAUCUCAUGUGGCCAAGUCAGAAUCGCUGUGCGGCUCGCCGUAUAUCAACGUAACUGACGACGUCAUGAUAGAACUAAGUAUUAUAAGUCCUAGGUCACACAUUUUCACAUGUGUAUGGCUGAUUACUAGUAGUCCUGAGUUGAUAACAACGAUCAAUUUGACUAGCUUGAGUUCUGCACCGGGCCAACAGAUCUUAAUUGGAAAAGGACACAACCGUUCAGAUGCAUCGUCUUUGGUGGAUGAAGUUUAUAAGCAGAAUCAUCAUGUUAAGCUAGUUUUCGUCAAGACAAAUGAAAUUUGGAUUCAAUUCUCAUCUCAGUUGUUUCAUGGGUAUUCCGGUAACGAGACCAUAGUUCUGUUUGCGCAGAACUAUACUGGAUGGAAAGCGGAAUGCGAUGGAAAUCAGAUACUGUGUUUGCCUAAUUUGAAGUGCCUGUCGACCGAUGCUGUUUGCAAUGGUGUGUUCGACUGCUCAAACUACAUCGACGAAAUCGGUUGCGACGUAUGUGGAAGUCGCAGCGUUUUCUUAAAUUGGAACGAGCCAAUGACAAUUUGGACCAAGAUAAACCCAAAUGCACAGUUUGUUGCAAUUUUCCCCGGAGGGUAUCCAGAUGGACUCGAGUCCUCAAAACCCACACCACUUCACAACUUGCAUGUAAAUCAGGACACAGGGUCAGCCCGUAUCGACUGCGUCUGGGCAAUACAUGCGCCUAAUGGGACAAAGAUUAAACUUGAAGUGUUUUACUACAAAGGAGAAGGCAUGCUCCUCAGCGUUUUUGACGGGAAUGAUCCUGUCGAUGGAACACCAAUCCUGGUCAAAGACUCACCGCCCCUUUAUUACGAGGGUCCAGUGUCUGUGCUUUCUCACCAGCCACAAAUGACGAUUGUUCUAAGAAGUAUGAAGGAAUCAUCAUACAUCAGUGAAGUGAGACUCGUCUUGACACCUUACGAAACCAUUGACUGUAAAGAUGAGGAGUACAGAUGUUCGUUUGGUGUAGAGUGCCUCCAGUCCACCUCUCAAGUCUGUGAUGGGGUUAGAGAUUGCACUUUCAGUGAGGACGAGUUUGGUUGUGGUGAUUGCGAUUCGUUGAAAGCAAGCUGCACUUCUGGAGAAUGCAUACGCCCAAGCCAAAUAUGUGACGGUCAUUUCGACUGCGUCGAUUAUACAGAUGAAAUGAUGUGUGAUACAACUUCUUGUCACUCGGAGGAUGAGUUCGAUUGUAGGAAUGGGAUUUGCGUCGCUGCAGAAGCAAGAUGUGAUGGUAAUCCUGACUGCCGAUUCCGUCCAGAAAGCUCAUCUGCAGAUGAAGAGGAUUGUGGUGCUUGUGGUGUGACCAACAUUCACGUUGGAAACUACCCAAAAACCUUCAACUUAACCAGCUACCCAAUCAGCUAUCCUCCGUCUCUUGACUGCAACUGGAAGAUCAUUGCUCUGGCCUUCGGGUCAACUGUACACAUCGGAAUAAGUGACUUUUCGACAGAAGACGGGAAAGACAUAGCUGUUCUUAAAGGCAUCAAUCUCUACGGAGAAACUGUGUCAUUUGUGCUGACUGGGUCCGUCGAUAAACUGCUAUCUGUAGCAUUGAAUUCAUCGCACGAAGUGACUUUCAACUUUAGAAGUGAUGCAUAUUUUAGUGGGCGAGGGUUUCUUCUUGAUCUUUAUAGCAGCAAUGGUACUGUUAACACAUCUUGUCCUGACCCCGAUGUCUAUGAUUGUGAAGACGGCUCUUGUUUGAAUCGAAGCGCAAGAUGUGACGGUUUUAAAGAUUGCCAAAUCAGUGGUGCAGACGAAGUUGAUUGUGACAAUGUGACUUGUCCUGGAUCUUUCCCGUGUCAGAAUUCAUUAGCCUGUAUUCACAUGUCCUCAGUCUGUGAUGGCAAAUUCGACUGUCCGGAUGAAGAUGACGAAACACCAGGAGCAUGCGCUGACCGAUGUCCGACAGUAUGUUCUUGUAUGGGCUCUGAUAAUGGCUAUGUCAUUCAGUGCAUCUCGGGUUGGAAUCAAGAUACUGUAGGUGACAUUGUUAUACGAACGGCACACCUUAAACUUUCCAAUGAAAAAAAAAUUCAACUGAAUACGGGAAUCUUCAAAAGUUUGUCCUACUUGAAAUCACUAUGGUGUUUAGUUUUAUUUAUCCCAUCUAGAGUUCUGACAAACAACAGCUUACGGGACUUAAACGCCGGCACAUUCUCCGGACUCUUCAAUCUCACCUCGCUGGACCUCUCACAGAAUAAUAUUUCCAACUUUCAGAGUGACAUCUUCGAGGACCUUGUCAACUUGAGAACAUUGUUGGUUAUGGAUAACCCAUUACUCUCAAUAAAUAGUGGAGCUUUCAACUCAUUGGGCAACUUGAAAGAACUUUUCUUGAUCCGAGGUAAAUGGACAAAUGAAGGAUCUACACUGAAGAUCGAUCCGGGGGCUCUUAAAGGUCUGGACAGUCUGGACAAAUUGUACGUCGAUGACUACCGCUUGUGCUGUAUAUUUGAUGAAGAAGUACCAUCCAAAGAGUUUGAUUACUCUAAGUGUACAACCACUGAAUUGCAACCACCACUAAACAUCUGCGGCAGUCUGAUGCGUAAUGAUCCACUACGAGCGUCUUUGUGGAUUCUUGGGUUGAGUGCCCUCAUCGGCAACUUCAUGGUCAUUAUCUGGAGAUGUAGACGGGGCAAAGAAUUACGCGAGAAUGAGACGCACUCAUUCUUGGUUCUUAAUUUAGCUAUUUCUGACUUGAUGAUGGGGGUUUAUAUGUUGAUUAUUGCUAUUGCUGAUAUCUUGUUGGGUAAGAGUUAUUCCAGUGUUGCGAAGGAAUGGCGGUCUAGUGUGGUUUGCAAGAUAGCUGGGGUAGUAUCAGUGAUGUCUAGUGAAGCAUCGGUAUUUUUUGUCACCAUGAUCAGUCUGGACUGUUUUUUAAGCAUUGUAUUUCCCUUCAGCCGUCUUACCAUCAGAGGAAAGAUAAGCAAAGUUAUUGUGGUCUUAUUAUGGUUAGUGUCUGCAUGUAUCAGUAUUAUCCCGACUGUGUUCAGUGGUGAUACUGAUUCCAAAGUCUACGGUUUGUCUGAUGUGUGCAUUGGUCUCCCCCUGACCACUAAGGUGUCUAGUUAUUCACUUGUAGAUAACUCCAUCAAUAGCGUGUUUGGUUCAGAUUCUAUCGCUAUACCGGUACCUCAAACAAGAGAACCGGCUUGGAUCUACUCAAUCGUCUUGUUCCUUGGCGUCAACUUGUUUUGUUUUAUCGUUGUGUUGAGCUGCUACAUAGCAAUCUUUGUCAAAGUAAAACGCUCGUCUAAGCUUGUGAAGGUAACGGCUCACCGACAAAGGGAAAUUAAGAUGGCGGUGAAAAUGGCUCUGAUAGUCGGUACUGACUUCGCAUGUUGGAUGCCUGUGAUCAUCAUGGGAAUUCUAUCCCAGGCUGAGAUUGUGGAAAUUGGUCCUGAUAUGUACGCCUGGACUGUUGUGUUCAUUCUCCCAAUAAACUCCUCCCUAAACCCGUAUCUCUACACAUUCUACUCUAAAAUCACUGCACAGAGAGAUACAAAGAAGCUUCAGCCAAACAUGGAAAUGAAAAAACACAAGACAUCCAGCGAGACUUUAGACACUCGUAUUUCUAAACAGAAAGAGUAG